GCACGCGUUUUUCGUCGCACAGAUGAUGGCAAAGACAUCGAGCUUUCAACCGAAGACCUUCCCAAAGAGCUGGCACCUACCCAGGUCCUCAUCCAGAUCCAUGCCGUCUCGCUCAACUUUCGCGACGUAGCCAUAAUCAACGACAGAUACCCUGCGCCCGCCGCCCAUCGCGGUAUCCCCUGUUCCGAUGCUGGUGCCACUGUCAUUGCUGUUGGCAGUGGUGUCACUGAUUUCGCUGCUGGCGAUCAUGUCUCGCCUACUUUCCGCUGGACGACCAAUGAUGGCGUGAUGAGAGCCCUAGGUGGAGAUUUCGACGGCGUCUUGAGAGACUAUGCCAUCUUUGAGUCCGAGGCCUUGAUCAAGAAUCCAGACUACUUGUCACACGAAGAGGCCUCUACUGUUCCUUGCGCCGGGGUCACGGCAUGGACUUCACUGGCACAGGACGACUGGAAAAAGGCUGGCAAGAUAAAGACAGCGUUGAUGGAAGGAACUGGCGGUGUAUCCCUUUUCGCCCUGCUCAUCUGUCUCGCCGCAGACAUCACACCUAUCAUAACGUCCUCAUCUGACAAGAAGCUCGCUGGACUCCAGAAGUUUGCAUCCCCCAGCAAGGGUAUCCUGACUAUCAACUAUCGUAAUACACCCGAUUGGGCCGAGGAAGCGCUCAAGCUUACUAAUGGCGGUGUCGACGUGCUUGUGAACAACGUGGGCGCAACUACCAUGGACCAGAGUUUCAAAGCCCUAAAGCGCUUUGGUACGAUCUCCUUGGUCGGCUUUCUGGGCGGCAACCCCGACAAGAUGCCUGAUGUAACCAUGCAAAUCCUCCAAAAGGGCGCUCAUGNNGGUAUCGCAGUAGGUACAAAGCAAGAUCAUCAAGACCUUUGCAACUUUUUGGGUGAGAAGAAGGUUGAUCUCAAACCCACAAUCGACAGAGUCUUCGGCUUUGAGAACUCCAGUGAAGCGUUCAAAUACCUGUACUCUGGCGCCCACGUUGGUAAAGUGGUAAUCAAGAUC